GACCACACGAGAUAACAGAAGACACAGAAGACAUCAGGCCAGACACACAAACAAAGAAAAUGAAAACAAAUACAGAUGCAGUUACAGUUAGCAAAGAAACAAAUGAUAUAUCACAAAAUGAAGAAAUUGCUAUGGUAGAAUACAAUAAUGAAAAUGUAUAUUUGGGUGUUCUACAAGAUUCCAUGCUAACCUUUACAAAACAACAACUAGGAAAAUUGGGUGCAGACUUUGUCAUAAAGGACUUGAAUUUUUCUUUAAAUAAGAAAGAUCGACAGAAGAUCAAUUCAGCCUACAUUAUAGUGAACAUCAAGUGCAAGAUUGUCAAAAACAAAUUUGCUAUAAAUGACGAGCAGAAGAAAGACUUAGAAAAUGCUGUCAAAAAUUAUUUGGUGGGGAAAAAUGCCGAAAACGUUGCAGAUAAGGACAGUUUGAAAGAUAAUGGAGAAUAAUCAUAAUUUCAAUGGACCAUUUUUUCAUUAUGAUGGGUAUG